CUGGUUCUGUUAGAGUCCUGGACUAGGUUUUGUUCGUGCUUGAACGCUGCUUUUGAGAUUGAAGGACUCCUUUGAGUCUUAGAAUCAGUGGAAGAGUAGAUUCAAAGGGUUUUAUGCAGCUGGAAUUAUAUAUCUGCGUCUUUUGGGAUUUACCUAGCAGUUGUUUAGAUCUGUUCCAUUGUGAAGAAGGAUUGUUAAGCUCAUAAUGAUAUAUUUAGUAUGCUUUUGGUAUUACUUUGAGAUAGAUAAAAAGGAAAGGUAUUCUAGGAAGUCAGCAAUACUCAUUCUAACUGUCCCCCUCUAUACUGACAUUGUUUCUAUGGAUUCUCUGUCUCAUCUGAAUGGAUUUAUUGUAAUUAGUGAUGAGAACGACACAGGCUACCUUUCAGGCUCUAUUUCGAUGAAUUCUGGCAAACUAUCCUGAGAAUCAACCCUGAAUUAAAGUAUUUAUGCAAUCCUUAUCGACACUGAAAUUCCAAAAAUAUGGCAUCUCCCAUUAAUUCUUAGAUAAUAUGGACAGUUGGAAAUAAAAAUUGGGAAAGAACACUCGUGAAGAACUAAAGGAGGCACUCAAACAUUAUUGUUUAAAUGAACCAAAGCAAAAUGACACCUAAUAUUAUUGAGCUACAAAGGAUCAGACAAUUUCGACAGAAACUGGGAAGGUGAUGAAGGUGUUCGUUGGAACCUCAACAAUGUUUAUACACCACUAUUCUCCUUCUAGAUCCUCAUAGAUCACAGAUAGUUUAUUUAACAGGCUUUGAUUCUUCA